GACCGCGUAUCAAUGUUCACACUCUGCGAGAGCAUCAAAUAACAAGCUCCCCAAAUAAAAUUCUAUCCGCUACAAUGGCCUCAGCAGCAGUAGCAGUGAGAGUGAAACCUCUACUCUCAGUCUCCUCCUUCCAUUUCUCUCAACUCCCAACGAAGAAAAUUCCAAUUCUACCCUCAGCUACAGUAAAAAUGUCCGCUUCUAUCGCUACAGAAUCCUCUUCUUCUCCUUCCAAAAUCAUCGACUCGCAUUUGCAUGUCUGGGCGACUCCACGAGAGGCUGCAGAUAAGUUCCCAUAUUUUCCAGGCAAUGAACCGACAUUGCAAGGAGACGUGGAUUUCUUGCUCAAGAGCAUUCAGAGUGCAGCCCACCUGACAAAUUCUAUGGAGGAAGCAGGAGUCGAUGGAGCUCUGAUUGUGCAGCCCAUCAAUCAUAAGUUUGAUCAUUCUUUAGUGACGAGUGUCCUGAAGAAGUACCCAUCCAAAUUCGUUGGGUGUUUGCUUGCAAAUCCUGCGGAAGACGGAAGUGGGAUUAAGCAACUUGAAGAUCUUAUUUUGAAGGAUGGAUACCGUGCUGUUCGCUUCAACCCAUAUAUAUGGCCUUCUGGUCAAAAGAUGACAAACGAGGUUGGGAAGGCAAUGUUCUCAAAAGCAGGAGAACUUGGAGUGCCUGUAGGCUUCAUGUGUCUGAAGGGUAUCAAUGUCCAUUUUUCAGAAAUUGAGGAGCUUUGUUCAGAAUUUCCAUUGACGCCUGUUAUUAUCGAUCACGUGGGUUUCUGCAAACCACCAGAGAACAACGACGAAAAUGAGGCCUUUUCUGAUCUACUGAAGCUUUCCAAAUUUCCACAGGUUUAUGUGAAAUUCAGUGCCUUAUUCCGGGUGACAAGGAAACCACAUCCAUAUGAGGAUACGAGUUACCUUCUUUCCCAUGUGCUCUCAAGUUAUGGUUCUAAGCGUGUCAUGUGGGGAAGUGAUUUCCCAUACGUGGUUCCUGAAUGCGGCUACAAAGGAGGAAAAGAAGCGGUGUCCCAUGUUGCUAACCUGGUACGCUUACCAUCUGCUGAUCUGGAGUGGAUCAUGGGGAAAACUGUGAUGCAAUUGUUCCCAAAUUCGUGGAAUGCAGCUUGAUGGGCAUGCCGUUGAUGAGAACACAAACUUGAUAUUUUUAUCACAAUUACAGCUGUGUUGGUUUUUAUUGUGUUACCACAUUGCGAGUUGUCAUGUUUUGGUGGGCCAUCAUGGAUCACAUGGUUUUACUAAAAGUGGAUUGAGUCUGGCCGUUGGACAUAAAGGAUGGGCUCAAUCAGUGGGGCCCACUAAGGGGAUUAGGCCCACACAUAAUGUCUGGAAUCUGCGAGUUGCAAGUCUUGUGCACCUCACAGCUUAGAUAUGGUAAAAAUGUCUUGGCUCCUUUGAUGGUAUCUGCCAUUUUGUAUUGUCGUCUGUUAAGUCCUAUUUGUAUUGGUUUCAGGCGACCUUUUUUCCUUUCUCCUCUUUGCACAUAAAAUAUUGGAAAUCAUGUAAGUGUUGCUAUGUAUUGAGUAUCAUGUA